CCCCAGUUACAACUGAAGAAAAGCACCCCCAAAGCAUGAUGCUGCCACCACCAUUUGAUUUUUGCAGAUGUGCUGUUGAUUUUUUUUUUUUUUUAAACAUACCCAAAACCACAUACCAUUUCUUCCUUUCUAUCUCUCUCUCACACACACCCAUUCAGAAAGGCCUCCUGGCUCUGCCAGGACUCAAACUUGGUAACUUCAUGCUGGGAGGCAACAGGACUACCCACAGAGCCACUGUGCCACCCAUGUUCAUUAUUGAUCUUAGUACAUAACUGAUUCUCUCUCUCUGAGCCGGAUGUUGGGACUGAGUGGGUGGAGGUGAGAGUGCGGCGAAAAGAACGUGAAUAAUUGAAAGGUGAUGGCAUCUGUUAAAGAGCUGCUCAUGAACUCGCUGGUGGAUCUGGUAGAAGUAGAUCUAAAGAAGUUUCAGUGGAACUUAAAGAAUGAUGAGCAUAUAUCAAAUUCUGAGAUGGAAAAGGCAGAUAUCUUUGACACAGUGGAUAAGAUGGUUGCACGAUUUGGACCAGAAGAAGCUGUGAAGAUAUCAGUGGAGAUCCUAAGGAAGAUGAACCAGAAUCUUCUAGCUGAACAGUUGGAGAACAAACACAAUCAAGCUAAGGCUGAGGGCAUUAUGAAGACAUCUGUUCAUGUUGGAGCUGAUUCAAAAAGGAUUUUAGCUCCAGAUGAAGUUGCUCUUCAUGAUUACACAGAGACCAGCCUUAGACUGAAGAAAAAAUUAAAAGAGGACUGUGAGCGGAUAUUGGUUGGUAAUUCAGAGACGGGUCAUCAGAAAUACCUGAAUGAUAUUUACACCGAUCUAUACAUGGUGGAGAAUGAGACUGGAGGAAGAGUAAACAACCAUGAGGUCAGACAGAUUGAAAUGAAUAUUAAACAAUUUGAUGCCAAGGACACACCAAUCCAGUGCAAGAAUAUUUUCCAAGUCCAUAAUGGUAGACGAAACAGAAAGGUGCUUACGAUGGGGAUUGCUGGGGUAGGAAAAACAGUCUCUGUCAGUAAAUUCAUCCUUGACUGGGCUGAAGGAAAAGAAAAUCAGGAUAUAGCCUUCAUUUUUCCUCUUCCUUUCCGUCAGCUAAAUCUGGUCACCAAAAAAUUCAGUCUCAUGGAACUGCUUCAUGAAUACUUCUUCAUUAGUCCUGAAGAACUGCCCUCUCUUCCUGAAGGUGAUGGUAAAGUCAUGUUCAUCUUUGAUGGGCUGGAUGAAUGUCACUUUUCUUUGAGCUUUAUAGAGGAUGACAGGUUUACAGAUGUUCAGGAAAAAACAACAGUAAGUAAGAUCGUUACAAGCCUUAUCAAGAGAUACCUGGUUCCCUCUGCUCUCAUCUGGAUCACAUCCAGACCUGCGGCAGCCAGUCUGAUACCCCGAGACUAUAUUGAUCAAGUGACAGAGGUUCGAGGAUUCAAUGAUGAACAAAAAGAGCAAUUCUUCAAAAAUAACAGUGCUAUUGAGGUUGCUGAAAAGAUUAUUCGUCACAUCAGGAAAUCCAGGAGCCUAUACAUUAUGUGCCACAUACCCAUCUUUUGCUGGAUCUCUCUCACUGUUCUUCAGCCUCUGCUGGCUCAAGAGAGCAAUGACAAAACACCUACAACUCUCACAGGGAUGUACACAAACUUCUUGCUUUCACAGAUGCAGCAGAUGAAAACAAAAUACAUUGAUGAUCCUAAAGCUAAAGCCAGGUCUUUUGAUGAUAUUAUUCUGAAGCUUGGAAAACUGGCCUUUCAACAACUGGAGAAAGGAAAUUUGAUUUUCUACAAAGAAGAUCUUGAGGAAUGUGGACUAGAUGUCAGUGAAGUGUCUGUGUUCUCUGGCUUAUGCACUCAGAUCUUUCAGGAGGAAAAGGCUGUUUCAGCAAGAAAAGUUUACAGCUUCGUACAUCUCAGUGUUCAGGAAUUCCUUGCCGCUCUCUAUGCCAUUUUGAUUGACAAAGAUGAGAAAGCAAACCUAUUUCUUCAAUCCCGGAGAGAAAAACUGUCAUGGAAACUCUCCAAAAAGCCACUGUUUCAACUUCAUAAGGCUGCAGUCAACAAGGCUUUACAAAGUGACAAUGGACAUCUGGACCUUUUUCUCCGGUUCCUUCUGGGUCUCUCACUUGAGUCCAAUCAGAGUGACCUAAAGGAAUUACUGCCAGGACUAGAACUCAAAACAGAGAGCAUCAAAGACACUGCAGACUAUAUUAAAAAGACAGUAGAGAAGGAGAAAUCAGUAGAGAGGACCAUCAAUCUCUUUUACUGUCUAAGUGAACUGAAAGAUAACUUUGUGGAGGAAAUUCAGAAGAAUCUGAGCUCAGGAAAACUUUCAGCACAGAAUCUUUCCUCUGUUCAGUGGUCUGGUCUAGUAUUUGUGCUCCUGAUGUCAGAAGAGACUCAAGAGAUGUUUGAACUGCAGAAAUACAAAAGAUCUGAUGAAGCACUGAUGAGACUGCUGCCAGUAAUCAAAAACACCAGAAGAGCACUUUUACAUUGCUGUAAUCUCACUCCUCAGUCUUGUGAGAAUUUAUCAUCAGCUCUUCAAUCCCCAAACUCCAUCCUGAGAGAGUUGGAUCUGAGUAACAAUGACCUGCAGGAUUUUGGAGUAAAGCUUCUUUCUGAAGGACUGAAGAGCCCAAACUGUCAGCUGCAGAUACUGAGGUUGUCUGGCUGUAUGGUGACAGAGGAAGGCUGUGGUUAUGUGUCUUCAGCUCUGAGUUCAAACCCCUCAAACCUGAGAGAGCUGGAUCUAAGCUACAAUUACCCAGGAGAAUUAGGAGUGAAGCUGCUCUCUGAGACACUCAACCAUCCACACUGCACAUUGGUCAAACUCAACCUGGAUCAUGGAGGAGAGUUCAGGAUUACAGCAGGACUACGCAAAUAUUUCUGUGAUCUUACACUGGAUACAAACACAGCAAACACUCGUCUCACUCUGUCUGAGGAGAACAGAAAGGUGACACAUGUGACAGAGUAUCAGCCAUAUCCCGAUCUUCCAGAGAGAUUUGAUGAGUGGUCUCAGGUUCUGUGUAGAGAGAGUCUGUCUGGACGCUGUUACUGGGAGGUUGAAUGGAGUGGAGAUGCUGUAAUAUCAAUAACAUACAAAGGAAUCAGCAGGAAAGGAGGGAUUGACGCUGUGUUUGGACGCAAUGAAAAGUCCUGGUGUCUGAUUUGCUCUGAUGAUGCAUUCAUUGUCUGGCACAAUAAUAUGUUCACUGGAAUACGUGUCCCUUCACGCUCCUGUAGAAGAGUUGGAGUGUAUUUGGACAUGUUAGCCGGCACUCUGUCCUACUACAGCAUUUCUGACACUCACACACUCACACACAUUCAUACAUUCAGCUUCACAUUCACAGAGUCUCUCUAUGCUGGAUUUGGUGUUUAUGGUUUGAACUCCUCAGUGUUUCUGUGUGAGAAUGAAAAGCCUGUGAGCAUCAACAGAGAUAUUACACACACACUUGAAUGAAAAAAAAGACUGUCUGGUCUACCCCUUGCUGAAGUGGGAUAUGAGUGUGCUGAAGACUCUGGGGUAUGCAUUACUGCUCAGCUCUGGCUCUCAGCCACAACUUUAGCGCAGCUCCUCAUUUCUUAUUUGCACAUCCUAAUUUUCUUGCUUUGCUUCCCUUCCUUGCAUCUUACUUCCACCCCACUUAGGAUGUAAGGGAAGGAUACAAAUAAAGAAACUGAGCAGUAAGUUAAUCAAACGAAAGCUUAUUCAUACAUUGGAAUAUUCUUGAUUACUCAAGCUUCACUUCAAAGCACAAUCAGCUGCACUCAGAUAAUAUGCCUUUAAGUUUAAAGGUUUGUUUAAGAUAUUCAUAAUAAAUAUGAAUAAAGCAAGAUGUCCUGUUGAAAAUGUGAUAUGUUUGGUUUACUUAAAAUCUCCAAAGGUUAACAAAUUAAAUUUACUGUGACCUCUGGAAGCUUCCUCACUCCUUGAUCCUCAGCUUUUCGUGGAGCAUUUUCAAAAUUUAUAUGUCCUUCCAGAUGGCAAACUCUGAUUGGGUUACAGGUCACAGGGCACCCCAGAUCUGUCAUGUUUGAUGUAGCAUGUGGCCUGUGAGUGUUCUUACAGGCCAUGUGCUAUAGUGGUGUCUUAUGUGAACAUGAGUUCUCAUUGGCUCAUUGUGUUCUUGUUAUGUUUUGUGUGACCACAUGACUUUGGUUUUGUAUACUCACACAGAACAUGUCAUUGGUUAGAUUGUGUAGUUGUGAGACUUUCUAAACCUUGCCAAUUCUCUAACACGUCCGCAUGAAGGUGAUAACUAUAAUAUUUAAAAAUGAAAAGUACACAUAUGAUAGUACUAUGCCAGGAACUAUCUGGUUGACAUACCAGUGUAGGUUGUAGAAUUCUGCCUUAAUGUUGAUUGCCUCAUGUCAUUAAACAGAAGACUACAGAACCUGCAACUAUGAAAGAUGGUCUUAUUAAUGCACGUCUUAAGAUACAACACUCUACCUGAACUCCCAAAAAAGUUAGCUCACCACUUGUGGCAAUUUUUUUAUUUCUGUGAAAGUGCCUCAUUACUCAUGCAGUCUGUAGGACUUUUUGAUCCACAAUGAGAGCAAAAGGGGGCAAUACCACAAACCUGUUCAGCACCCCCAUUCUUGUUAUGUUGCAGAUGUUUCCACUGUACCGAUUUGCAAUUAAUUUGCUAGCCCUAAAAUGUGGAAUUAACUGGAAACUAACUGAAAUUAAAUCAACUGA